CGGCGAGCAACGGUGGCAUUGCACAGCCACUUCAUCUUCCUCCCCUAGAACUGCAAGAAGGUAGCUUGGAGGAUGGGGCGUGGGCGGGGCGUGAGCUACGGCGGCGGGCAGAGCUCGCUGAACUACCUGUUCGGCGGCGGCGACGAGGCCCCCGCGGCGCGCGCCAAGCCGGCGGCCGCGGCGGAUGAGCAGAGGGUGACGGCGACCGCGGCGGAUGAGCAGAGGGUGACGGCGGCGGCGGCGGCGGCGGGCCACGACGAUGAGAAGCUGAAGGGGAUCCCGGCCGGCGUCCGUGGCAGCCAGACCAACAACUACUUCCGGGCGCAGGGGCAGAACUGCGGCAACUUCCUCACGGACCGCCCGUCGACCAAGGUGCACGCCGCGCCCGGCGGCGGCUCGUCGCUCGACUACCUCUUCGGCGGCGGCGCCGGCAAGUGAUGGGCUGAUGGCAGCUUCCCCGGUUCAGGCUACUUCAGAGCUGAGCUCGCUCGAGAACGCCGUCUACUUCGCAUGCUUGAUUUCAGUAGCUCAUCGUAACCUGCUUGUUCCACGGUUAAUUUCCAAGAGAAUUGACCCGCGUGUAUCUCUGUAACCUUCUUCAUUGCUGUCUGUCUCAUCAGUACCCUUUCUGUGACCUGUAGCUCUGCUUGUAUGAGUGUCAAAAACUGACCCAUCCUUCCGUCAGCAACAAGCCUUGCCUGUUCUUGGGUUUGGUUCAUCAGAAUUUUUAUCCAAGUGUUAAAUUACUCA